AUGCAUUCUCAUCUAACACCAUCACACUCACACUAUCGCUGCUCUUGCUCAUCACUUCCACAUUCGUUACAUUCGCGAUGGCAUCGAACAACCGCAAGGGCAGAAACUCCACGCCCAAGAAGGCGAAGAGCGACACCCAGUCGCCAUCUGCCACUGCGGCACCCAAGCCUGCCUUGAGCGCCUCCGCUGACGAGUGGCCCCAGUGGAUGAAGGUGUUCAUGACCUGCAUGCAGAUGGUUACUUUGGCUUCGGCGGCAGGUCUUACAACUUUCGGCGUCGCCUACGUUAUUCGCAGCUGGGGCGACCGCUUCCUCGAAUAUGACGCGCGCGUGUCUUUUGCGUACGGCUGGUCCAUUUGCAAGGCGGCGAUGAUGUACCUGACUACGCUCAGCUCGGGGUGGAUCACGUUAUACGUGGUUGCUGACGUGUUCGCAAAGGCGGCCAAACAGGAUCCUGUCCACAUCAAGUUCACCGAGGCGAUGAAGUAUCUCCUCCCGUACGCGAUGGGCGGGAUGUGGAUCGGCCACCUUAUGCGGUUCUUCAUCUCUAUGCCUGACCUUACAUUUGUCCUCAUCCGCGGGUGGCUUAUCACGGUCGUUGCCACCAACGGCCCCGCAAUGGCGCUGUAUGUCCGCGUCAGAAUGAUUGUCGAGCGCGCCGAGCAAGCUCGCAAGGCCCGUGCGGAGCGACUUCGUGCCAAGGAGGAGGCCGCGAAGGCGUCAUAGGGCCACGGGCGCCGGAAGGGGGAAACAAUGCAAUUAUACCC